AUGAGCGCUUCCUCCCAACUACCUACUCCGGCCCACACGCUCGCCGAUUCCAUGUUGUCGCGGCACUUCGGCAAAGAGACUGUGAACUAUUUCUCCAGCUCCCCCAUCAAUCGACUAUCCUUCCUACGAACCGAGCACUCAUUCCUCUCCUCGGCCCUGAAGCACCCUUCCACCAAAUUCGUCUUGCUGAACAACCUCGCCCCGCUAACCCGCUCUCCGGCCGAACUGUACACUGCCAAAUACAAUGAAGUGCGCAAACUCGUCGCCCCCGAUUUCUUCGAUCACCCCGAGGAAGAGAUGAUCAAGAACUUCGACUCGCGCAAGACAAACCCCAAUCUAAUCUUCCUCGGUCUGGACGAAAGUAACAAGGACAGUGGCAUGGCAUGGAAGAUCUACACCGGUACACCAUUCUUCGCACUAGAUGUAACACCCCGCGGCUCUGAAGCGCAACAAACCGCCGCAAAAGAUGUCAUCAGUGCCUUGGAAGAACAGGGUUUGUCCUUCUUGCAGGCCCGGGUUAUCUCAACCUUUACCCCGGAGGAAGCUGCCAUCUACGCCCAAGCCCGUGCCCUGAUGGACUGGAACAACAGAAAUACCUUUUGCGGCACCUGCGGCAAUCCCACAUUAUCCGUGAACGCCGGAACAAAGCGCGCCUGUCCACCCAGUGACGCAGCAAGGUCCGCAGAAGGACUCCCAACAGAGCGACCACCCUGCAGCACACGCACAACAAUCUCCAACCUCUCCUUCCCACGCACCGACCCAACGAUCAUCGUAGCCGUAGUCUCUCACGACGGCAAGCGAAUACUCCUCGGCCGGUCGAAGCGAUUCCCGCCAAAAUGGUACUCCACGCUAGCGGGCUUCAUUGAGCCGGCAGAGUCGAUCGAGGACGCUGUUCGGCGUGAGGUGUGGGAGGAAGCUGGCGUGACGCUUUCUCGAGUCGUUAUUCAUUCUUCGCAGCCUUGGCCGUAUCCGGCGAAUUUGAUGAUUGGUGCGAUUGCGCAGGUUAGUGAGCCGGCUCAUGAGAAGAUUAAUCUGGAGCAUGAUCCCGAGUUGGAAGAUGCGAAGUGGUUUGAUGUUGAAGAGGUUGAGGAGGCUUUGCGGAUUGGGGCUAGUGAUUUGAGUGCUGAGACUGGGGCGGAGUAUAAGGGUGGUUUGAAGUUGCCGCCUCCUACUGCUAUUGCUAAUCAGUUGAUUCGGUCUGCGGUUGAUGCGGAGUAUUUCCGUGGUGAGAAGUGCUCGCUUUAG